GAUCUUCCUCCGUGGCGAGCGGGGGGGCCGCCCGCCCUAGCGCUUCCGGCGGGGCCAGCUGCGGCUCCGCCAUGGGGAAGAAACACAAGAAGCACAAAGCCGAGAAGGCAGAAUGGCGCUCGACCUCCGCCACCGCCUACAGCGAUUAUGUGGACAAGCCUUUGGAAAAACCCUUAAAGCUGGUUCUUAAAGUUGGUGGCAGUGAAGUCACUGAACUCUCUGGGUCAGGGCAUGACUCUAGUUACUACGAUGAUAGAUCAGAUCAUGAGCGUGAACGACAUAAAGAAAAGAAGAAAAAGAAGAAGAAAAAGUCAGAGAAGGAAAAAGAAAAGCAUCUAGAUGAUGAGGAAAGAAGAAAGAGAAAAGAAGAGAAAAAGAGGAAAAGGGAGAAGGAACAGUGUGACACUGAAGGAGAAACUGAUGACUUUGAUCCUGGGAAAAAGGUGGAGGUUGAACCUCCUCCAGAUCGUCCUGUCAGAGCUUGCAGAACUCAGCCAGCUGAAAAUGAGAGCACGCCAAUCCAGCAAUUACUGGAACACUUCCUUCGCCAGCUUCAAAGGAAAGAUCCUCAUGGGUUUUUUGCUUUUCCAGUCACGGAUGCCAUUGCUCCUGGAUAUUCCAUGAUAAUAAAACACCCUAUGGAUUUUGGUACAAUGAAGGAAAAAAUUGCAGCAAAUGAAUACAAAUCAGUCACUGAAUUCAAGGCUGAUUUUAAACUGAUGUGUGAUAAUGCAAUGACUUACAACAGACCAGAUACUGUUUACUACAAGCUAGCCAAGAAGAUACUGCACACAGGCUUUAAGAUGAUGAGCAAAGAACGGCUGUUAGCUUUGAAGCGCAGCAUGUCGUUUAUGCAGGACAUGGAUUUUUCUCAGCAGGCAGCUCUUUUGGGCGAUGAAGACAUAGCAGUUGAAGAACCUGUUCCUGAAGUUGUUCCUGUACAAGCAGAGACUACCAAGAAAUCCAAAAAGCAAAAUAAAGAAGUUAUUAGAGAGAAAUUCUUAGCUAAGCAAAUGGAAGAAGAUAACCCAGGAGAGAGAAAUGGAUUUGGUGUGAGGAGAUGCUCUACCCAGUACCUAAGCUGCAUUUUUGAACCUGAGGGGAAUGCAUGCAGCCUGACAGACAGCACUGCUGAAGAACAUGUCCUGGCACUAGUGGAACAUGCAGCAGAUGAAGCUCGGGAUAGGAUCAAUCGAUAUCUACCCAACAGCAAGAUUGGUUAUCUGAAAAAAAAUGGAGAUGGAACUUUAUUGUUUAGUGUAGUAAAUUCAUCUGAUCCAGAAGCAGAAGAGGAAGAAACUCACCCAGUGGAUCUGAGUUCACUGUCAAGCAAAUUAUUACCUGGCUUCACUACACUGGGCUUCAAAGAUGAACGAAGAAAUAAAGUAACCUUUCUUACCAGUGCCAAUACAGCACCUUCUUUGCAAAACAACUCUAUAUUUCAUGAUUUGAAACCAGAUGAGAUAGAGCUUCUAUACUCAGCAUAUGGUGAUGAAACGGGGAUCCAGUGUGCCUUAAGCUUACAAGAAUUUGUGAAGGAUGCUGGAAGUUACAGCAAGAAAAUAGUUGAUGAUCUUCUGGACCAGAUCACUAGUGGUGACCAUUCCAAAACUAUUUAUCAGCUAAAGCAGAGGCGAAACAUUCCAGUAAAACCACUGGAUGAAGUUAAAGUUCUGCCAGUUCUUAUAAAAGAAGAACACAAGUUGCGCAAUACCUGUCUGGAUUCUUCCAAACCGAUUAUGGUUGGAGAAUCUGCUGGAGACAGUAACACUUCUGACUUGGACUUUCUCUCCAUGAAGCCGUAUUCAGAUGUAUCUCUUGAUAUUUCUAUGUUAAGUUCGUUAGGAAGAGUGAAGAAGGAGUUUGAUCAUGAUGAUAACCAUCUACAUCUAGAUGAAACAACAAAACUCCUUCAGGACCUUCAUGAAGCUCAGGCUGACAGAGUGGGAUCCCGGCCAUCAUCCAAUUUGAGCUCCCUUUCCAAUACCUCUGAAAGAGACCAACAUCAUCUUGGAAGCCCCUCUCAUCUGAGUGUUGGAGAACAGCAAGACAUGGUUCAUGAUCCAUAUGAAUUUCUUCAGUCUCCAGAAACCUCAAACGCUACUAGUAACUAAUCUGACAUGUACUAUAUUUAUUUUGUAUUUUAAUUGUAUUAUGUUUUUAUAAAGUUUUUGUCCAUGACAGAAACUGCAUUUUUGUCCUCUUUUCUAUGAGGAUUGCUGUAUAUUAUCAUGUAUACAGGAUGAAACAA